GUGGGACCUGCGUGGUUAGAGCUGGGAUUUUAGCAAUGCAAAUCAAUAUUAUAUAUUAACAAAAUAGUAUAACUAUGAGCAAAUCGAAAACACAACACAAACAUAUGCGCCACUUGAUCAAUCUCCCAAUCAAGCCAGUAAAUCUCGCCUGCUCUCAAAUUACUAUAUCUCGUUGCAUGAUUUGACACCUGGCCUGUAUUUCUUGGAAAAUCAAGCACUUGUCAGUCACCGUGUUUUCUUUCCCAUCACCAUUAUCGUGCCUAAGUAAACAAGUCCAGUGCUCUUGUAUAUACUAGCCAGUAUCCAGACAGGGAUAUAAAUUGAGACUUUCCAGGUGAGGGAGUGAAAUUAAUUAAUUCCUCAAUGUUUUAUGCUGAGCUACCUAGGCUGCAGGAAGUAUAGUGGAUCGACAGAAGAAGCUGGGAGUGGAGGAUUGAGAUGGGUCACAGGUGCUGCAACAAACAGAAAGUUAAGAGAGGGUUGUGGUCUCCUGAAGAAGAUGAGAAGCUUGUCAAAUAUAUCACCAGCCACGGUCAUGGAAGCUGGAGUUCUGUCCCUAAAUUUGCUGGUUUAAAAAGGUGCGGUAAGAGUUGCCGUUUGAGAUGGAUAAACUACUUGAGACCGGAGCUCAAGAGGGGUUCCUUUUCUGCGGAAGAAGAGCAGAUCAUCAUAGAUGUCCAUAGAAUUUUAGGCAACAGAUGGGCUCAGAUAGCAAAACAUCUUCCAGGAAGGACAGACAAUGAGGUGAAGAAUUUCUGGAACUCAUGCAUAAAGAAAAAACUCAUGGCACAAGGCUUGGACCCAAAAACUCACAACUUGAUCCCUUCUCAUCAGAGAGCAGCUAAUAAGGUUGCAUGCAAUAUAUCACAAUCUAACCAACAACCCUUUUCAAUUAUCACCCUGGAUUCAAAGAUGAAAGAUUAUUCCAUGGAGAUAAACCCUCCUAUUCUAACACUACCUUCCCCUUAUCCUUCUAAUUGCAGUACUCAACCACCAUUGCUACAGACCACAACCAGCUUGCCCUUGCCCACCUCUAGUUAUCAAACCCCUAGUGUCAUUUGGAAUGAAAAUACUCAAAAUUCCCAGGAUUCUUCCAUUUUUCCUUGUUUAUCAUCCAUUGAGAACACACUCAUUUCCUCUUCAUCUUCGUCUUCAGUGAACCCAACUGGGUUCGGUCUCUUGGAUGAGAAUUGCUUUUGGAGAACUAAUAUCAUUGGCGAGCCCUUUGAUGCAGCAAAAGUAUUCGAAGUUAUGCAAUCACAGGAUCAAGAAAACCAGCCAAACAAGAUUUGUGACGCCCAAAUCAUGGAUAAUACUAAAGGUGUUCACGACAAUAUGGAUGCUUCAUUUGACACUACUAGUUACGAUCUUGAGUUUGUCGACUCCACAAUAUUAUUGCCUGGUUCAAUGUGUCGUGAUCUUAGCUCCAUGGAUGAUCUUGCAUGGAACUUUUAGGCCUCCACGUGCGUGUAUGUAACUAGUGCUACAUUGCCGGUAGGUUUUGCCCAGUUUCGGCAUCCCAAAAUAUAUAUUUGAAGGAAAAAAAUGCUUCAAUUUGUCGCUACCAACUUAUUUUGAGCGUGAAAUAAUAUUAGUGAUAUCAAUUAAGACCA